AUGGGCUUGGUUGAGAAAGAGAAGAAGUGUUUUUGGGAGAUUUUGGAUGAGAUGGUGAGAGGUGUUACGAGCACCGAGAAGCUUUUCGUAGGAGGUGGUUUCAAUGGUCCUAUUGGGUCAUUAUCAAAAGUCUAUGAUGAUGUGCAUGGAGGGUUCAGUUUUGUGGAAAAGAAUGAUGGAGAAGCCUCACUUUUGGAUUUUGCUAGGGCAAUUGGUUUGGUGGUAGCAAAUUCAAGCUUUCCGAAGAAAGAGGAGCACCUUAUUGCAUUUCGUAGUUCGAUAAUAGUCUUUUUACUCCUUAUGAAGGGUGAUAAAGCACUAUGUAAAGACUAUAAGGUCAUACCUAGCGAGAAUCUUUCAACCCAACAUAAGCUUCUAGUGAUGGACUUGAAAGUCAAUAAGGGCAGAAAGAAGAGGAAUGUGGUCAUUGCUUUGGAGAUAGGGGAGAAGUUGACGACUAUGGAGGCUUGGGAGAGUAGAGGGGAUGUGAACAGUAUAUGGGAGACAACUGCCAAUUGCAUCAGAGAGACAGCUAGGGAGGUGUUAGGUGUUUCGAGAGGUUGA